AUGUGGGCCAUCUUUGCUGAGUACUCUCCAUCCUCACCAGGAACUCUCUUCUCCACUCCCCUACCCAUCCUCCUCCAGCUCAAACGAGCUAUAUCUUCCAUCUGUCCAUCCUCUCCUAUCCGCCCCUUUUCGACUUGCUAUCGAUUUCGAUGGUUUGUCAGUCGCACACAUUGGCUACUGUUAAUACCAGCAAUGAGUGGACUAUUCCCCGAAGCUAACUGUAGUACUACACCCUGCAUUGUACGAAACUCCUCCCAUCAAUUACUCGCGGUCAACAUCGACGGCUGCGCUCUCUACUCCAGGCUAGAUCAUCGGUUCACCUAUAACAAUCUAGUCAAAGCCCUACACACUCGACCGGGGGAUGACGGAGACGACAACGAUGGCAUUUUGCGCCAAUGGCCCAAGCUCUCAAACACCAACCAUGGACCUAGGAGUAAACUCGGUUCGUGCACAAAGCCGGGCGUCAAGGGCUCGAACGAGUUUGUCGUGGGGUCGGCUGUUGGAUACUACAAACGAGAGAUGUCUGAAUUCGUGGAGACGGCCCUAGAACUGGGCUAA